AUGUUCAGAGCCAUCCUCACAGUAGUUGGCAUCGUCAUGUCCCAGGUUGAGUUGGCACAGGCUAUCCCGAACGUGACCGUGACUCCUUUGCCGCCGACGUGCGCGUCUUAUCCCGCAUACGAUAAUUCGACAGGUCAAGCUGGGCCGUGGUAUCUAGUGGCAGACGCGACAGGCUCCUCUAUUGAUGGGUUUGCGGCAACAGCAACCUAUUAUACUAAUCCUGACUUCCACAGAUGGGGCUUCAUUACCAUACCAUCUGUUAAGGCAACAAAGAAUCCAGCAAUGCGCUGUGCGAAUGGCACACUGCAAGCGCAGCUAUCUACUGGUAAUAAUAAUACCGCAUGGCAGGACAUCGUGGUUGCAGGCGACAACAACUGGCAAGCUGGGAUCGGGUUCGCUUUCCCUGGUGAUCAGAGCAAGGAUAUCCCAGUCCAGCCCUACGCUCACUUUAUCAAUGGUACCAGACAGCCCGGCGUAUUCCUUGGGGCUAAAAAUGUGACGACCUGGUAUUUCAAGGAUAAUUGGGCUGGCAACGCUGGCGAAUACUAUUUGCUCAGGCUGUGGGCCUCAGGCACUGAACUUGAGGAGAAAGAUCACGCCGGGUUUUUGAAGUUGGUAGUCUAG